AUGUGGUUACAUCAUCCAGAUUUCUUUAGGAUAGUUAGAGAAGCCUGGCCGGAAGGUGCUAAUCUAGAAGUGGCCACUACUGAUUUUAUUAGGAAGGCGAAGAAAUGGAAUUUUGAGGUUUUUGGUAAUAUUUUUGCGAAGAAAAAAAGGGUGCUAGCCAGGUUGAAUGGUACACAAAAGGCUUUGGCUAAUAAUCCUAUUGAAUUUCUGUUGAGGCUGGAAGACCAACUUAUUGAAGAAUAUUCCUCGAUUUUGCUUCAAGAAGAGGAGUUUUGGGCCCUAAAGUCUAGGAUUAAUGCUGUUGCAUUUGGAGACUGGAACACAUCUUACUUUCAUAUGAAUACGGUAGUGAGGAGGCAUAGGAAUAAAAUUAGGUGUUUGAAGGAUGGUGUGGGAGAGUGGAUAGUUGAGGAAGAGGCGGUGAAGGAGCAUAUUUUAAAGGGGUUUAUGAAGCUUUAUGCCACGGGUUUUGAGUUGUCCUAUAGAAGCUUUGCUGUUUCUGAGUUCUCCGGUAGUUUUCUUUCUGAAGCAGAUAGGAGUUGGAUGGGAAGGGAAGUGGUGGACGAAGAUGUGAGGAGUGGGUUGUGGGCUUUGAAGCCGUUUAAAGCGCCAUGA